AUGUUAUUGUUAUUAUUGCAGGCUCCGGCUCGGUACGACUUCAACUGGACCGUCAAAGACGACGCUUCAGGAAACGACUUUGGUCAUCAGCAGUCCCGUGACGGCCCCCACACCCAGGGAUCUUACUAUGUGAGGCUUCCUGACGGUCGUCUGGAGAAGGUGGCCUACACUGUCGACGGCGACUCCGGCUACGUGGCCCAGGUGACCUACGAGGGCCAGGCACAACACCCAACAACCCAACCCCAGUACCCAUCAUAUCAGCCCCAGUACCCAUCACCACAACCCCAGUACCCAUCAUAUCAGCCCCAGUACCCGUCAUAA